AUGUCCACGGACUCGUCAAUUCGCCGUGGCCCCAAGUAUACAAAGACGGAGUCGUUGAUGGGCUCGGACUUCUUCAGCCACUUCGAUUUCUACACGGGCCCCGACCCGACGCACGGCACAGUGCAGUUUAUUGACGAGAACACGGCCUGGAAUGACAAACUCAUUUCCGUCUCCGGGACACGCGUCGUCAUGCGAUCCGACAACACCACUGUGGUGCCUAAAGGCGAGGGCAGAAAAGCCUUGAGGAUCGAAUCCAAGCAAAGAUACAACAGCGGCCUUUUUGUCUUGCAGAUGGACCAUGUGCCGACUGCUUGUGGUGCUUGGCCGGCCUUCUGGAUGUUCGGAGAUGAUGCGCAACAUGCGUGGCCUCGAUGGGGCGAAUUCGACAUCUGGGAGACCAUCCACAUGCUGAACUAUGCAACCACGACCCUCCACACGAGGGAAAAUUGCGAUCAGCGAGCCGUCAAUGAAGGCAUCGAUUUUCAAGGUCAAGGAUGGGCUUUCGGCACUGAGCAGAACAAGGCCAAGAAUUGCUGGGUCCACGCAGAUGCAGAGUAUGACAAUCAGGGAUGUGGACAGAAGCUCCAAGAUGGAUCUGCAGGUCCAAAGUUCAACACGCAGGGAGGUGGCACCUUCAUCGCUGAAUGGGAUCCCGUGGUGAACAAGCGCCUUCGCACUUGGUUCUUCCCGGUGGGCCAGGAGCCGGAGCUCGGCGACAACCCGAACCCAGAUCUCUUCGGCAUGCCAAACUCCUUCUUCACGCUGCACGAGAAGUGGUGCACUGCUGGUCACUUCCACAACAUGCGGAUGGUGUUCGACGUCACCUUUUGCGGUGACUAUGCCGGCGGCACCUUCAAAUCGAACUGCCCUGAAGUUCAGAUGACCUGCGAGGAGUAUGUUCGGUCCAAGCCAAGCGCGUUUGGCGAGACUUUCUGGAGCAUCCGGCGACUGGCUGCAUGGUCGCAUUAA